AGGUGAAAGUCGCCAAAAGUGUUGUCAGCAGGGUUGCAUUCGCCUUCGUGUGAGAUCUGCUAUUGGAGGAAAGAACAUCAGAUUUGGGUGGGCCACGCGAGUAGGUGGCCGCGGCAAAACAUUUUUGGCGUUCGGAAUAUACAGCUCCUAGUGUGUGCGCUUUCUUAUUUCUAAAACAGGCUUUCAUCUAAUCCGCGAACUUGACGAGUAAUUUCGUGAAUGAUGUUUUUAUUUUGAUGACUUGCUACAAUUCCGAACUUAUUUGGCAUGCGAGACCAGCCUCGCGUGUUUGUAAUUCGAAGGAUUAGUUUUGAAAACAAAUAUAGGAAGUUAUUUAACCAUAACAAAAUUUUAAGCAAGAAUCACGGGAAAUUGCCUGUAUUGAUGAAUGGAAAGUUUAAUUAAUAAUUUUAAUACUGAUGAUGUACUUAGAGUCUCUUGGACAUUAGAAGGCAGGAUAAGAAAAGUGACAGCAAGGCGUAGGUAGCUACUAACACAUCAUCUGAUCAGUCAACGAUUAUGUGAAAAGCAAAAAUUUGCACAUUGGAUUAGCCAGCCCGAUCAUCUCAUGUUACACUUUAUCGAGCAUGCCUGGAGUGCUAUUGUAAAGGUGACGAUUUUGGAAAAGCGAACUGACCAGAUAUCGCCUAUAGGGCGUCACUGCAAAUACCUGGUUAUUUGUGGUGCUUGGUUUGGAAUUACCUUUUCACAAAUCAACUCAGGAGAAGAAGUAUCGCCUUUUUCAUCCAAUAGGUUUUUCUCAAAAGUGUAUUGAGAAAGUGACUAUUAUGAUUUCUAAGCAAGAUUGGCACAAUUUGUUUGUUGCUACAUUAGUGGUGAUAUGUUUAAUAAACUAUGGCUCUGCUUGCCCAAGUGUAUGCACUUGCAAGUGGAAAAAUGGCAAACAAACUGCUGAAUGUACUGGCAAAGGCCUGACAGUUAUACCUGCUGAUUUAGACGUAACAACGCAGGUGAUAGAUAUUAGUAGAAAUAGCUUCACAGAACUUACAAGCCGCUCAUUUCAACAAAAAGGAUUAGUUAAUUUGCAAAAAAUCUUCAUCUCUGACUGUAGCAUAGCUAGCGUCUCUCGAGAUGCAUUUUAUCAGUUGCGAAAUUUGAUUGAAUUGGAUUUAAGUGGAAAUAAAUUGCAAAAUAUUCCUACUGAUGCGUUGCAAGACUGUCCAAACUUAAGACGGCUGCAACUUGCGCACAAUCCAAUUAGCCAAAUUGAUGGCGGAGUAUUUUCUUCAUUGUCUCAUCUGACUAACUUAGGACUUGCCAACUGUUUCAUAAAAAACUUAUAUCCUGGAGCUUUAGAUGGUUUGGAUAAUUUAGAGUAUCUCGAGUUGAAUGGCAAUCAACUCACUACAUUGUCCAUUGAUGUUUUUAAAGGUUUAACAAACAUGAACGAUCUUAAUUUACAUAAUAAUCCAUGGUACUGUGAUUGUAAAAUUCGAGAUAUCAGAACAUGGAUGAUUCAGCAAAAGAUUCCUCUAUCUGUACCACCUCAAUGCGAAGCUCCAGCAUCCUUAAAAAGUCUAUCUUGGAAUUCAAUGUCUUUAGAAGAUUUCGCAUGUGCUCCUAAAAUGGUUCGAGUAUCUAUCGAAACAACUGCCAUUGUUGGCCACAAUGCGUCCAUCCUUUGUCAAAUAGAUGCGACUCCUAAAGCUUUUGUAUAUUGGGAAGCUGGAGGAAAAAGCUUAAAAAACUUGAGCACAACUCCAGAAUUGAAAGCAAAAUACUUUAUCGAAAAUGAUAUCGCCCCCAGGCAAUCUAGCAUUUUGCAUAUAUAUCAUGCAGCUGAGAGUGAUAGUGAUAUAUAUGCUUGUUUCGCAGAAAAUAAAGCAGGUACAGCUUCUAUGAACUUCACAUUAACUGUAGUUUAUCCUGACCAUUUGAGUGGCUCGUGGAGCAGUUUAUCCAUCACACUACUUCUUGUAGGCAUCGUUUUUGUUAUUAUUUUAUCUGCCGCCGCAAUAUGUUUUCUAGUUUAUCAUCCAUUUCCAUUCUCAUUUGGGAGUAAAAUAAACCGAAGUAAUGUUCUGCAACACCUGUCAGCUAAGAAACAGGAUACCGUUGAAAUGAAUGACAUAAGGCAAGAUAAAGAAGAGAAGGAUCUCAAAGUAACAGAUAAGCAACCACGACAUGAAACGGGGAGUAGCGGCUAUGGAUCUGAUCAACUGACGCCCGAUCUAGUGAGCAAAAUAACAGAUAUGAAUAAUGGCCCUUCCUUAUCAACCUCUACGGUCAGUUGUAAUCAUCUAGAUUCAGAGAACCCCGUGCUUAUUGAUGGAUAUGGAUCAAAUAUCGACCACUGGCCUCUGUCGAAAAGUAAGCCCACUCCGAGAUACGAUGGAUCUCCUAUACGAAAUAAUGUUUACUCGGAAAUAUACCUGAAUCCUUGCUAUGGUAAAGAGGAUGAUCCCUAUAAUUAUGCUCUACAAGCUGCGGGUGUUCACCAAUUACCACCUGACUGCACUGUUGACAGAUACUUACCUCAAAACGACAGGGUCCGAGAUUUGAGAAAUGGUUAUGAUUAUGCAAGUCGAGAGGAUAUAUCUUCAGCAUCUGGUCAUGAUGACACAUUGAAGCGAUUCCCGCUGGUUGUUGCAAAUGCUUCUGGUCACUACACAUUGCCACCAAAAACAAGAUUUUCUCCUGAUGAAGGCUAUGCUGAGGAAGGUCUUGAGGGUACUGAAGUAUAAAACUCUAACAGUUAUCCUCAUUGUGAAAAUACCCAACUGGUAUAUAACAGAGUCAUCACAUUACAAAAUAAGUCACUAAUUUCUUAAUGGACGAAAAACAUUGAUCCAUUUAAUUCUUCCCAGUAUUACAUCUGUCAUUCUUAAUUUUUAAUAUGUGUUACUAUAAUUUUUUUCUUUUAUAAUGAAAGCAUAUUUUAGUCCUUAAAGAUAAAAAAGAUGUCCUCAAACUUUUAUACUAUAAAAAUGAUGGCGAUUCUUGACUUUUUAUCAAUGAACUUCAAAAAUAAGUUCCAUUAUUUUGAAUGGCUAUUACAUUUUAUACACAAACCAGAAAACGUGUAUAGUUAUGGUUUAAUUUAUUGAUGUUGCCCGUGAAACUUUAAGCUGGAGCUGAUAUACUAAUUGUUUACAUGAAACCAUUAAUAUUUUGUAUGAAAAAUGGUAUGAAAAUAUAUUUGUUGUAUGCUAUGUACAAGAAUGUAGAGAAAUUUUCCAAUAAUCUACACGUAACAAGCAUCUGUGCUUUGUAAAGAUAUUUUUAUGACUGAAAAUGUUAGAUGGUGUUAUUCACAAAAAACGUGAACUUUUUUUCAAUUUAGAUAACGCCAAUUGAAAUUAAAUAUAUUUUGUGUUAUAAAAUAGAACACAGUUUAAUGUAUCAUCAAAGAAAAAUAAGAUAAAAAGCUUGUUUGGAAUCUUAGGGAAAUCAGAUGUUCUAUUACAGCUGAAGUUAAGAUGUUGCUACCUUUUCUCAGAAAUUAUUGAAUCAAA